AUGUCGACCGAGGGCAAGACUAUUACGUGCAAGGCAGCGAUUGCGUGGGAGGCCAACAAGCCUCUGAGUGUGGAAGAUGUGCAUGUGGCGCCGCCGCGUGCCGGUGAAGUCCGUGUGCGUGUGACAUUCACUGGUCUUUGCCACACGGAUGUGUACACGCUCUCUGGCAGCGACCCGGAAGGCGCCUUCCCUGCGGUUCUCGGGCACGAGGGAGCGGGUAUCGUUGAGUCGGUGGGCGAGGGUGUCGUGGACGUCAAGGCGGGCGACAAUGUCAUUCUUUUGUACACGGCCGAGUGCCGCAAGUGCAAGUUCUGCACGUCAGGCAAGACCAACCUGUGUCAGGCUGUGCGUGCGACGCAGGGACGCGGUGUGAUGCCCGACGGUACGAAGCGCUUCACCUCGGCGCGCACGGGCGACGAGCUGUUCCACUUUAUGGGCACCUCGACAUUCAGUCAGUACACGGUCGUCUCGCAGUACUCGCUCGUGGCCGUCGACCCCAAGGCGCCCAUGGACCGUACGUGUCUGCUUGGCUGUGGUGUGACGACCGGCUACGGUGCAGCUGUGUACACUGCGAAGAUUGAGCCGCAAUCGACCGUGGCUGUGUGGGGUGUUGGCUGUGUCGGUUUGGCAGUGAUCAACGGUGCGAAGGAGCGCGGUGCGAAGCGGAUCAUUGCGAUCGAUACCAACCCACGCAAGAAGGCUUGGGCCGAGAAGUUCGGUGCGACGGACUUUGUCAACCCGACAGAGAUUCCCUCCGUGGAGAGUGGCGAUCCCAUGGUGCAGUACCUCGUCGACAUGACCGAUGGUGGUCUGGACUACACAUUUGACUGCACGGGCAAUGUCAAGGUGAUGCGUACGGCGCUAGAGGCGUGCCACAAGGGUUGGGGUGUCUCGACGAUCAUCGGUGUGGCCAAGGCAGGUGAGGAAAUCAACACGCGCCCCUUCCAGCUGGUCACGGGCCGCCGCUGGCAAGGCUCAGCGUUCGGUGGUGUGAAGGGUCGUACGCAGCUUCCUGGCAUCGUGCAGCGGUACUUGGAGGGCGACUUUGUGGUCGACGACUACGUGACGCACCGCGCGACCCUGGGGAACAUCAACGAUGGUCUGAAGUACAUGCACGACGGCGAUUGUAUUCGCUGCGUGGUGGAUUUGGCCUAG